AAACGAAAAGUUGGGGAAAAGCCGACGAAAACGAAAAGGGUGAACGCCGUCCUCCGCCUAACCAGUCUCUUUGGGUGCUGCCGCUAUCCUCCGGAGCCGCCGCCCUUAACUUUUCCGCUGGGGUUUUACUUUUUCAUGGGAUUCUGAGUUCUUCCAUCCACAUCCAGAAUCAAGAUUCCUCUCUCGAAGGUAUCUUUCCUCAGGUUAGGGCUUACGUUCUUCCCUUCUCUCAACACUCUUUCCCUUGUUCAAAAUUUUUUAACCUCUGUUGUUCUGUUGUUGCGUAUGAAUGAACAGAGUGGGGGUUCUGGGUAAUGCUUGCAAGCUUAUUAAAAGAAAAUAUUUUUAUAAAUAUACUUUUCCUUCGAUUUUCAAAUGGAAGGAAAUGUACCCCAAGUCCCUUGCACUUUUGUUCACUCCAAGAAAAAAAAUAACAGGAUAUAAAAGAAUUUGGUGUAGCCAAGCUCUGUCCCAUCGACUGAAUUCAAGUUGUCAUUAAUAUAUAUUAUGGUCACUUCUUCAUCAUAAAGAAAAACCCUAAUUUAUUAACCUCCUUCAGUUGCACUGUGCAACUUCAACUACCACCAUUAAGGCAAAGCAACCACAUCAUUUAAGCCACAAACCUUAUAAUUCCACCAAUUAAAUUUACAUAAACACACUUUCCCACAGCUUCUUUUUCUUCUUCUUCUUCUUCUUUUUUUUUUUCUAAAGACAAAAAAGAACUUAUUUUCCAUAUGGACAACAAAUACACCAACAAUAAUCGUCCCGACCUGAGCUCCUCCGACGACAGCCUCGACUCCACCGGCAUGAGGACCGCCGAUACCUUGCUCCGCCUUGUUCCGAUGGGGCUCUGCAUCGCUGCGCUUAUUGUCAUGCUCAGGAACUCUGACGCCAACGAUUAUGGCUCUAUCGCUUAUUCAGACCUCAGUGCUUUCAAGUAUGUUUAUUUUUUUUAAUGUAUAUGUGGGAAAAAAAAGAACUUUUUUUAUUUUUAUUUUAUUUUACUUUUUAAAUUAGGAUUUUAUUUUUCCUUAGAACCAUGGUUUGCUUUCUUACUAUUUUUUUUUUCUUUUAAAUUUUCAAAAUUUUGUUUCCUUUAUUAGAAAAUAACCAAUAAUGAUUAGAGGAAAGGGAGGGGUGAGUUUUGUUUUUUGUUUUUCUUUUCCUUCUUUUUCUAAUAUUUUAAAUUAUUACUUGUUUCUACGCAAUGUAAUUCUUUUUUUUCUUGAGGCCUUCACUUUUUUUCUUUUUUAAAAUAAUACAUAUGAAUUGCUUGAUCAAAUUUUUAUAGUUUUAAAAUUUUGCUUCGCUUGUUAAUUAGACCACCGUAGAAAUAAAUAGUAUAUGUAAGUUUAAAUAAUUUUCAAUAUAUAUAACAAAAAUAAAUAGCUUCUUAGUUUGGACACUUUUACGUUCUAGCUAUUAUAAGUUUCUAAAAAUUGAGAUAAAAAACGCUCACCAUCAUCGCUGGGAGUAGUCACUUAAAGAGUGAGAGGUUUGAUGAUGACUAUUUAGGGGUUGCUCACUAUCACCACUGGCUUAGUCUCAAAACUAUCUCAAUGAACAAGAGGGUGUCAGAGGGAGGCGACAGAGCCAUUCUUUCGGCUCUUUCAGUCUCCAUUGGAAGGAAUUAGAGACAAGGAACUCGACAAAGAAGUUGAGUCAUCUCGGCUACCAGAUUUGAGGUAGAAAUUUCGUCUGAAAUGAAAUGAAAAUUAAAAUUAAAUGGGAAAACUGAAAUUGAUAAAUAAAAGGGAUCUUUUAAAAAAUAUAACGAAGUGACAAAAUAUUUAUAUUAUAGAACAAUUCUAAGAACUGAAAAAUACCAAAAAUGUCUCGUCAACCAACACGCGUAAUAUAUUUAUUAUCAUUUAAUUUGGUGACACGAGCGUUUAAUCAGGUUACACUAUUGUUUAGAUUUGGAUACACACCUAAAUCUAAAAGACUUUUUUUUCUUCUUCAAAAUUUGGUAUAUGACCGUUUAGAUUUGACUAAAAGAUUUCUUUUCAAGAUUAUUUUGGUAUGCUGAUCGUUUAGAUUUGUUUAUUUUUUUUUCAAAUUUUUUUUUGUUACAGAAACGUUUAUGACUAAACAAUAUUUUCAAAAUUCCUUUUAUAUACGAUUUUUUAGAUUUAAUUACUCUCAAAUCUAAACGAAGUAAAAAAAUCUAAACGAAGUAAAAAGGAAUAGGAGAAGAAGAAAGACGAUGCAUAUAACUAAAAAAAAGAAAGAAAAGGAAAAAAAGAAAGAUGAUACACGAAAAAAAGUGAAACGAAGAAAGACGAAUUUGAAUUUUAUUACCCGAAUCGAAAAUAUUUUGAUAGUUUGUUAUAAUUACAAGAGAAAUAAAAUAAAUAGCAAUGAAAUAAAAGAAAGGGGUGAUUAUAUUGGGAAAUUGCCAAAAAUAGGUUAAAAAAAGAGAUUUAAAUGAAUUUUGGGACAAAUUUUCAAAAGAAAGACUUUUAGGACAAUUUGGGUGUGAAUAGACAAAAAUGCCCUUCCUUUCCUUUCCCUCUUCCACGUUGCUUUCCCUUCUCUCCACCAUCGAUUCCUUCUCUUUCGCGUAUAGUUCCCUUUCCCUUCUCUUUUCUUUCGUGUAGAACACCUGAACCUACUCCGGCCAUCGUCACUUGCCCAUCGUCACUUGCCCAUCGUCGCUUGCCCAUCGUCGCUUGCCCAUCGUCGUUUGCCCUUCGUCGCUUGCCCUUCGUCGCUUGCCCUUCGUCGCUUGCCCUUCGUCGGUCGUUGUCCAGUGCAUUUCGUCGCUCCUAUUCGGACCAUUCAAUCAACUUCGAGCGUCUUAUUUAGGUUCUUAAGUUCAAAUCAAUUUUUGAAGAUACAAAAGUACUUAAGGUAGUUUAAGGAUGGCACAUGUUCGGAUUUUAGUGCGUCACGGUGGUGAAUGGGAUGAGGGACGAAGAAAAUAUGAAGGAGGAAUGUUAAAAGGCAUUGUUGUCCCUAAAGAAAUAACACACAAAGAUUUACAGUCUGAACUAUAUGACCUUGCAGAAGUUGACCCUACAAAGUUCGACAUAAAGAUAAGAUGUAUAUAUGAGAUCAAAGGGGAAAAGGAAGCUCCUCCAUUUGAGUUAAGCAAUGACCGUGAUUUGAAGUUUUAUAUUCUUAGUGAAAAUCCAUUGGAGGUCCCCCUAUACCUAUCGUUUGAGCCUACAAGCAAUCGAAGCAUGAAAGUGUUAAACAAAGAUUACAAUUCAGUAUCUGGGAGCAACCAAGUUCAAAAUUUAAACCCUCAUCCUCCUCCAAUUGGAAUGGAUAGAUUAGAUGAGAAUGAAGUUGAUAUUGGUGAAGUUGAGGGUGGCUUGUGUCAUAACAUGAUAGGGACCAAUUCGGCUAUAUGGGAAUCAUAUGAGUCAUAUCAUUCAAUAGAUGAUACUUUUACAUUGGAGUCAGUUGAGAUGUACAAUGAAUUGUUUGACAUCCCAGAACAAAGAGAUGCUCCUACAAAAGAUUGCAAAGGAAAAGGUAAAGUUGACUACAGGUCCUCUAGUCGGAAGUUGAAGACAAAAGGAAGUGGCUGGUCGGAAGAAAGCUCUACAAGUGAAGAGUUGGAUGUAGGACAAAUAUUUUUUUGCAAGAGAGAUUUGUCAAUGAGAUUAAGUGUGUUGGCAAUGAAAAAUUUUUUUCAGUUUGUAGUAAAAAAGUCUACAAAAGAGGUUCUUUUCGUUAGAUGCAUCGACAACAAGUGUGGUUGGAGAUUGCGAGCGGUUAGACUGAAGGAUUCAAAUAUAUUCAAGAUUAAAAAGUAUGUGAAAGUUCAUUCAUGUUCUCUUGAGUUUUUGAAUCGUGACCAUAGGCAAGCAAAAUCUUGGGUUGUUGGAGAAUUAAUAAAGUCCAAAUUCAAGGGGCUCGGUCGCAUAUACAAACCACGUGAUAUCAUAGAAGACAUGAGGCAAGACUAUGGCAUAAAUAUGAGUUAUGAGAAAGCAUGGCGUGCCAGAGAAAAUGCAUAUGAACGAGUGCGAGGGUCUCCUGAAGAGUCAUAUAAUCUUUUGCGUAGAUAUGGUGAAGCACUCAAAUUUACAAAUUCAGGUACAAUAUUUCACAUGGAACUCGAAGAUGAUCGUUUCUUUAAAUAUCUUUUUAUGGCUGUUGGUGCAUGUGUUAGAGGAUUCUUAAAUUGCAUUAGACCGGUCAUAGUCAUGGACGGAACAUUUCUUAAGAACAAAUAUCGGGGCUGCAAAUGUUCGAAAAAACAAUUUUUGGUCCAUUGCUGAAUGUGAACAUGGUAUUCAACGGCCAGUUGAUCCAUCAUUUCUUGCUGAGGCAGAUACCUGAAGACGGUAACGCAGAUGGAAUCUGUUUCUCGGUUUUAGGGAAGAACGUCCGUUUUACCCAAAAGGAAUUCAACAUCAUAACUGGAUUGUGGCCAACAAACAAUCCAUUGGAGAAAGAUUGCGAUAGCAAGCGACUACAAAGUCUUCUAUUCGGAUCAGAAAAUAAGAAAGUAAUAACAUGCUUGGAAAUUGAGGAAAUUUUCAAGAAUUUUGAGUUUACAAAUGAUGACGAUGCUGUGAAGGUCGCCUUGGCCGUCUUUAUUGAAACUGUGAUGGUCGGGAAGGAUAAGAAAACACAGUUUGACAUGGAUAUUUUGGAAAGAGUUGAUGAUGAAGAAGCAUUUAAAAGCUUCGAUUGGUCAACUUUCUUCUACACUCGUCUGCUCAACAGUUUAAAGACAAGUCUCCAAGGCAAAAAAGAAGCAUACGAGCUGAAGAAGACACGAAGUUCCAAAGCAGUGUCAUACUAUAACAUCAAAGGCUACGUGCUUGCUUUUCAGGUGUGGGCUUAUGAAGUACUCUCAACCGCAAAUGAGCACCUGGCCACAAGAAACAGUAAGGGAUUAAUCCCUAGGAUAUUGAGAUGGAAUUGUACACAAGCUCCAUCUUACAAAAUGCUGCAGAAUAACAUAUUCGACAACAAAAAUACUGUUGUUCAACCUAAACUCAAGAUGUCAACCCAAGAGAAGGCUUUCAUGGAGAGUCGAAUUCGAGGGGAUGAUAACAUGCAAAUGGAGGAGGAUGAAUCCAUUGGAGCAAUGAACAACAAAUCAUUGGAGCAAUCAGACUCAUCUCCACAAAGAGAACAACUGUCACCCCAAAGGGAACAAAGUCAAACAGUGGCUGAGGAGUCUGAAAUGCAUCCAAUCACCAAGAAGAAACAUUUCAGAUCAAAGAAGUCGAAUGACAAAGAAGAACGAAGUCAUUCAAAAUCCUACAAGAAACUGAAGAAGGAAAUAAAAGAAGUUCGUAAGGAUUUAUCCACACUGACUUCUAUAGUCUGUAGGAUGGAUGACACAAUCACAAAGCAGUCAUUGGAGCUGUAUGAAAUGAAGCAGAUGCUGGAGAGAUUGGUCCAGAAUCAAACUGAAAAUCAAGGGAAUGAUCAUACUGAUCAGAAUGACAAUGAGUAUGUUGUUCAAGAACAACAUACUCAUCAACAACCUACUGAAGAACAACAUACUGAACAUCAAGAGGAAACCCAAAUGGAACAUCAAGAGGAACGUGGUAGUGAUAUAAGCAUAGACGGUAGGGAUGCAGACUUGCUAAUGACUAUAAGAGAUAUAUCGGAUAGUCUAAGUCAUCAAAUUCAGAAAGAAUCAGACCUGCCACAGAUGAUUACUACCCUUCCAUUUGUGAGCCAACCUCUUGCACUUUGUGAAUUGGCUCCAAUGGAUCAAACUGUACAAAUUGUAAAUGAAGAAUCUCAACUGGAAACAACAAAAAAACAGGUUGAGAUGAAAAAAAAUGAUGAAGCAGUUACUUUGGUUGAAAAAGAACCAGUAACUGUGCCUGAUAAAGAUGUGGAAGAAAAACCAAUAAAGAGAAGAAAGCUAUGUAAAUAGCAAAUAAAGAGGUGCAACAUGAAGAUGAACAAGGUAAUCCACCCACAACAUCUGCUCAGAUCAUAUCAGUAUCUACAACACCUGUCCCAGAUGUGGAAAUCAGAGAAGUAGAUCCAUAUAAUCCGAUGUGGAAAGUGGAUCCAAAAUUAUGGAAGGAAUACUUGCAAUAAAAAGAUCAAGAAAAACAACCCAUGAACAAAGGAAAGUAGUCUCCACAACCAGAAAGAAGGACUUUUUCAGACAGCUUGAAGAAAACACAUGGGUACAUGGAGACACAUUGGAUUUGCUAUUAUCCCACUUGCAGAAUAAAAUGUUGCAUCUCAAGCACCAUUGCAAGCGUUCUUUUAGAAUAUUACAUUCCUCUUUUCUGAUUGGAAUCAAUAAACCAGACUGCAUUGUUUGGAACCAUAUUUUUGAUACUCAUCUGGUGACACCAGAUAAUACGAAAGCUGAAUGGACAGACCCAACGGCACACCUAACUAUAUGGACAGAAAAAGAUGUGGAAUACUAUUUCAACACUGCUGUUGGUGAUUACAACGGAAUACCAGGGUGGGGAGAUGUCAACUACGUGAUUACCUGCAUCAACAUAAAAGAACACUGGUUGGCUAUUGCAGCUGAUAUGAGAAAAUGCAGGAUCUACGUGUUCGACUCAAUGCCAAAUUAUGUUGAGCAGAAACUUGUUGAUGAAGCUCUUCAAAUGCCUGCACGAUGCAUCGCCUCACUCGCGAUUGCAAUUGGAGUCAACCUCCAUUCAGAUCGUUUCACAUAUGGCCCUUGGCCAAUACGCAGAUCGAAGGCCACAUUACAGAAAGGGCGUUCAUUGGAUUGUGGAAUUUUCUGUGCCAAAUUUGUUGAAUGCCUUGUAACUGCUAGUGACCUUGGUUGUCUAACUGUGCCAAACAUGAAACUGUUUAGACAACAAUAUGUGCUGGAACUUUGGGCCAAUAAAUACUUUUGCUAAAUAAAAAAAUAUAUAUUCGUUCUUGUACUUUUCA